UAUUGCUUUAUCUUCGUUUCAGAACACAUUCAACCUAUCGGCAGAUCGGUUUACCUGCAUUUUCUUUUUAUGAAUUCCAUUUCCAUCUUGUGUUUAGCUGGAGAUGUCUUUCUGCUGUGACUUUGCAUUGGCACUCAGUAAAAGAUUAUUUGUUUCGACAGGUUGUUGACAAAUUCAUCAAGAGGCGGGCCGACACCGAAUGGUUCCUCGAGGGUGAUUUCGACAACUAUGUCGUGCAGAUGCGGCAGCCUCAUAUAUGGGGAGGAGAACCUGAGUUGCUCAUGUACUCACAUUUCCUACAGACCCCUAUAACACUUUACACGAGGGACAAGAAUUCGGGUACCCUCAAAAUUAUAUCCGAGUAUGGUCAGGAAUACGGUAAGGAAAACCCCAUCCGAGUUCUGUAUCAUGGUUAUGGACACUAUGAUGUAUUGACGAGUCCUGUAAGCAGUGCUUCUUCUAAGCCGUGGAAGAAGAGAUGACUUGGGGGUAAUUGCACUAUAAAACAGGUAGGGAUGGUAAUAGGACCCGAACCUAACUCGAUCGGGUUGGUUUUUUUUUAAAUCGGAUUCGAGUCGGGUCGGAUUUUUUUAAAGGCGAUGUUAUUCGGG